AUGGAUCAAGAGAACUACAAUAACGGCUACUUUGGACGGCCCGUGGUUCCCUCGGCCGCCACAUCCACCAACAUCACCCCCCUCCGACCAGGCACACCAAACACAGACGGCAGUCGUAACAACCCAUUUGGCGACGACACGGCCUCGUCGCACCGUCCAGGCGCCAGCACAAACCCAUUCGGCAGCCCCGAUGCCUCUCGGCCAGCAUCCAGCUAUGGCUCGUCCAGCGCCAUUGGAAACCGUUUUGACGAACGGUCACAGCGAUAUUUCCAUUCCAGGCGGGUCCAGAAAGGCGACAUAGAAAAGCCUUGGCUCGCCAAAAAGGACCCGAAGGAGAAAUGGGUCACCAUUCUGCCGCUUGUCGGUAUCCUCAUCGGACUGGGCAUCUCCGGCUUCCUCAUUUAUGACGGUCUCAGCAGCGUCGUUCACCACAAAUACUGCCCCGUCAUGGACGAGAAUUUUGACGGCGGCUUGAACACUGACGUCUGGACGAAGGAAGUCACGGUUGGUGGCUUUGGAAACGGCGAGUUUGAUCAGACAACUGGCAAUGAUGAGAAUGUGUUCGUGCAGAACGGAAACCUCGUCAUCAAGGCCACGCUGCAAGACGCGGACAAGGUUGAGAAGGACAACGUCAUCAACCUCCUCAAGGAUGGCACUUGCACGUCCAAGGACUGGUACAGCUGCGUCUCUGCCACCAACACGACCAGUGGCAACUCGAGUAUUGUUCCUCCGACGAAAUCGGGUCGCAUCAACACCAAAAAGGGUGCCAAGCUCAAGUACGGCCGCGUUGAGGUGACGGCAAAGCUCCCAGAAGGCGACUGGCUCUGGCCUGCCAUUUGGAUGAUGCCCGUCAAGGACACGUAUGGCCCCUGGCCCGCCUCGGGUGAGAUUGACAUUAUGGAAUCGCGCGGAAACAACUGGACGUACGGCCAGGGCGGCAACGACAUUGUCUCAUCGGCGCUGCAUUGGGGACCUGACCCGGCCAACGACGCCUGGUGGAAGACGAACAACAAGCGCAAGGCGCUGCACACGACGUACAGCAAGGGGUUCAACACGUUUGGCCUCGAGUGGUCCCAGAAGUACUUGUUCACCUACGUCAACAGCCGCUUGCUUCAGGUUCUUUACACAAACUUCAACAAGCCCAUGUGGCAGCGAGGCAACUUCCCCGAGUCCAAUUCCAACGGGACGCGCCUGGCAGAUGCCUGGAGCCAGACUGGUCGGGACAACACCCCGUUCGACCAGGAGUUCUACCUCAUCAUCAACCUAGCCGUCGGCGGCACCAACGGCUGGUUCGAGGACGGCAAGUCAGGCAAGCCGUGGAUGGACCACUCGGAGAACGCAAGGAAGGACUUUUGGAAGGCGCGCGACACGUGGCUGGCGACGUGGAAGCAGCCUCAGCUUGAGGUCAGCCGCGUCGUCAUGCUGCAACAGUGCGACGGCGGUGAGGAGUUGUAA